UUUGUUUUAAAUUUUGAAAAAUAUAGGGAAAAAGCAGCGAGACUAAUGGACAAUUUCAUAGCUUGUUGUACAUACAAGCUAUUGAUUGGUACCGAUACGGUAUCGCUAGCUCUAUCGAGAAAAAUAAUGUUACAUUUUAAACCUGCACAUACACUUCAUGCUUUUUCCCUAUUUUUUUUCAAUUAAAAAUAAAUUGUGUAAAUAAUAGUUAUUUUUUUUUUAUUUUAGACUUCUUAAGGCCCGUCUACAAUAGCAAUGUCCUAAACUGUGUUCGAAGGACACUCGUCGGUGAUUGGUCCACGUGACCCUCUGACAUCAUGCGUGAAGUGGGCGAAGGUCCGAACCUACCUGGUCCGAAGACAUUCGUCAAUUUGAACUUUUUGUCCCAACCUGUGUACUUCGGACACAGAAAAAGAACAGAACAUUCGCGAGAUUUGAAUUUCCGGUUCCCGUUUGAAAACGUGGUGUUUGUUUUUGUUAUUGAAGGAAAUUGAAGGUGUUUUAAUUCAAGACGAGCAAGACGACAUUUAAAUUAGUGCUGUUCGAUUGCUGUGAUAUGACGUACCUCCUCUUUAUUUAAACAAAAACCCGGGUCACAGCCCUGUCCGCGGCACAAUAUUCCAGCCAUGGCCCUGGUAGUGCCACCACUCGUCACCAGAUGGCAGUUGUAAAUAUAAAGAGACAAUGUAUUAUAGCUAUGUUAUAUAUGUUAUUAUUGUAUAUAUUUAUGAAGAUUAUUAAGUGUGUAUUGUAAGUAUGUUUUGUAGACUUGUAAAUAAUAUUGUAAAUGCAAAAGAUCCAAAGGGAUAGGAAGAUGUCGAGCGACGCCCACCCCGUCUCCACAUCUUCACCAGAGACGAGGCCGCGACAGAUAUGAGUUCAUUUUUUAGCAUUUACAUUUGCCACUUUGCCUUACUGAAUAAAUAUAUAAAAUUGAACUCCACAACUUUCAAAAGUUCAAUCUCAAACUACAAAGCAUCAAAACAAUAAACAAAAACAUUUUGUUUGGCACAUUUACUGCGCUCUGGUAGCAACUUUAUAAAUCAAUACAUUCGGACAUUGGACAUCGCAAUUAUGGACAGGGCAGUUUUCAGUGAGACAAUGUGACGUCACUCACAUUCGGAUAAGGACACGGACCACGCACAGGUUCGGACUAUUGUAGACGGGCCUUUAAAAUACUGGGAGGGAAAUUAUAAGAAUACCAACCAAAAUGGUUUAGCAUUUACAACAUUUAUUUAUACUCAAAAAUGUAAGUUUUAUAAGUAUCGAAAAUUUUAAAAAAAGGUUUCUUGAAAACUAAAUGUCGUAUCGCAAUGGUUUUUGGAUAGAUAGAUCUCUCAUGAUCUGUACUAUUUACCAUAUAUUCAUGAAAUGAUAACCAAAAACAUAAAAAACAAGUAAUUUUAUUUUAAGUAAGCCUGUGUCUUAAGGCUGCUGUCUGCCCGGGCACACACACGGUGCUCAAGAUAUCCGAGUGGGGUCUGUUUACGAAAAGCAUUUAAGUGUUCGCUGAAUGCCGAAAGGUACUUUUGAAUUCGGAUUAAGUUUUUAAACUGUGUUUUUAGUAGAGUGAAAAUAGCUAAAAGGAGUGUUUUCGGAGUAAUUUUUAGGCAUAAAACAACCGAUACUGAAUCUUGAAACCACUUAAGGGCAGUGCAGUACACCUUUAUCUUCAUUUUUCCGCUAUAUAAUGUUACGGUCACCGCUCAACUAUCACAGCUAUCUUGUGGAUAUUGUGGUCAGGAACCUGUAGUAGGUAUGGUUUUUGGCUACAUACUAUAAUUAAUUUAAAUCAUUUUGGCAUGUUUUUCCUGAUAUUUAAAAACAUCGGUUAAAACAUCGAUGUAUCGGUUUUCUGAACGAUGUUUUUUGACAUUGAUGCUUUUUCGUUUGAACAUCGAUGUUCGUGAUAUCGAUGUUUUUAAGAGCGAUGUUGCAUCCCUAACUGUUGCGCCGGGCAUCAACUGUACACUGUACAGUACCUUUUGUCUAUGCCAGCGUACACACGGCGUCUGCUAACAUAAUUGUAAGUAAAUACUUGCUGACACAUAAAACUGUAUUGGGAAUUAAUGAUGAAACGCUAUAAUGCUAUAUAUCAACAAUUGUUAUAAAAAAGGCAGUGUAAAAAUACUUACAAAUGGUACGUAACCAAGGGACUAUUUCUUGCGCACGAAUAAUGUGCGCGGUGGCCGGCAGCCAAUGAAAAUGUUUGUUUACAAGAGGCUUUGUUUAUUCCAAAACUCAGGUAAGAGUGAACGGAGAAUAGCAAAUAAUCUAAAAAUGGCAACUAAUCAAUUGUACUUAAAAAUGUUGCUUCCCCAGUCACUAGUUUUUUACACACCGCACACCUCGCUGGGUCGCACCUCUGGCGCAACUCUCACCGCAGCACCCCUCGUGGACCUCCGUCGCAGGACUCCGUCGCUGCACUCCGCCGCCGCCGACGCACUUGCCUUCGCCGAGGAUCCGCUCGAUGCUUUGCUUGGGACCCGCGACACUAUCGCCCGGAACUGAACUCUCUGCCCGGGAGAACUCCCGACUGAACUCAACUGACUCUCUAGGCCGACGUCCUCGUCUUAUAUAUCACAUAUGCCAUUUCUAGAAUUCACGAGCGCAGCUGGGGCCUGUCGCGUCAUUUCGCACCGACCCGACGGCAGAAAUCUCUCGAAUCACGUUUCGGCGGCUCGCGUAACUCCGCAGCUGUCAGGUUUCAGAUGUCAAACUAUCAGCGCCACGCGGGGAGCGUCGGGAAGGAGGGGGGAAGCUGCGACCCAGGUGCGCGCAGCACGUCUCAUGUUGCAGUGGCCACCUGUCAGCCAGCUAGCGCUGCACCAGCGUCCCGCAGCCCUGCUGACGUUCGUAACAUUGCCCCCUCCUUAAACAUGUUCGUCCCGAACAGUUAACGCAUCCCUUCCAGCAUAUUCCCUCAAGCGGUCCAAAUGUACCACUAUCAUACGACCCCUCUUUCCUCUGGAUCCUGUAAACCACAUCAUUUAGGCCCUUUAAGACCUCAUAGCGGCCUUCCCAUGAUGCUUAAAGUUUAGGGAACCUUCCCUUUCUUCGUUGCGGGUUAUACAACCACACUAAAUCAUCCUUCUUGCAUCAGGAUGAAUUGGCUUUCAGGUUAUACCUAGUCUUCAUUCGAUUCGUCGCUGAUCAAAGAUUCCUGCGGGUCUCCACGUGUACAAGUGACAUUCGCUCCUCUAGAUAAUUUACAUAUUCAGUGGUGCUGGUUAGCUCCUUGCGCGGACGACCGAACUUGACAUCACAGGGCAGCCUCAACUCCUGUACAAACACAAUACUCGCAGGGGUCUGCCCAGUGGAGUCAUGAAUGGAAGAUCUAUAAGUAGGGCCCGGAAAUUUUCGCGAACCGCGAAAUAACGCGAAAUACCGCGAAAUGCCACCAAAAUUACAUUAUAUGCGAAAUUCCACAAUAAACCCAUCUAUUCGCGAAAUAACCGCUAAAUCAUUUAAAUUCACUGGUUUACAUAAGCGUUCACCCUAAUUUACGUAUUUUGCUUUCACCCGAAACUCGCGUUACACUUAUUUACAGCAAUAUUAUAUGCUCUUUAUUCAUAAAAUCUACAUUUCAUAACCCCAUGUGAAUUAAUAUUGUUCUGUUUUCUAUUCCACGUAACGUAACCUACGAACGAAAACCAAAACAAACACAUCGACGCCUGCUAGAUGCGAGUGCGAGCGUAGGCGAUAAGCGCCCGAGUUCGAGAUAAUCGAUUUAAGUGUCGAUACAUUCAUGGCAACUGUUUUUUCUGUGCGUAAAAGUGUAGCCGGUGCAGUCUAUUAACGAUUCUAUCCGUUUACCGCGUCAGUGGCCACGCGCAUUGUGUUCAUGUGUUUACUAAAGGGAUGUUCACAAUAAAAUUAUCUCGUGAUUGAUGAAAUACGUGUUUGUUAAUACUGAGUGUUGAAAAUGCCGAAAGUUGUAAGUGUUUUUGAUCGCGCACGUGAAUUUGAGAGCGAUGGAUUUUACGUUUUUUGACAAAGUGAACAAAACAUUGAUGUGUAAAUUUUGUAAUGUUAAAAUAGAGUGGGCUCGCAAAGACACGUGUGUCAAGCAUUGCCGCGAUGGUACAGUGCACAGACAGAAAAAAGCAGCAGCUGAAUCACAAGCCUGCACAAGCAAAAGGCAAAUUUCUGUUGGUGACAGCUUUCAGGUGGCAAAAAAGACGAAAGUUGACAAAGAAAUUUUUGCCUCAUCUUUGACAAAAGCUUUCAUGGAAGCGAACAUACCAUUGGAGAAACUCGGCGAUCCUGCAAUAAAAAACUUUGUGGAAACUUUUGUUCCUGGUGGAGGGCAGUUACCAUGUGUAAAAACAUUGCGUGAGACGUAUGUGCCCAAGAUCCAAGAAGCGGCUGAGGAGCAGUGGAUUAAAUCAAUUGAGGGACAAGAUAUUGUUAUUUUGUGUGAUGAAACCACUGACAAAAAGGGACAGUGUGUUUUUGUGGUGCUUUUCAAAACAUUACAAGCUUCAGACUCACAAAUUCUUCUUGUUGCCGGGGUCAAAAUUUUAGAGAAUUCUAAUGCUAGUGAGUGCUCGCGGGCAAUAUUAGAAGUACUGACAAAAUUUAAGGUUGACCAUACAAGGGUUGUUGCGGUUGUGUGUGACAGUGCACGCUACAUGACAAAGUGUGUGCAUUCUUUACAAGUUGUUCUUUCGUCUGAGGGUAGGGACGUCCUUCAUGUUCAGUGUUGGAGUCAUAAACUGAAUCUCAUUCAAAAUAUUUGGCCCCAAUCUCUGCCGGAGCUUAACAAUUUUGUUAGCAAAACGAAAACAGCAUUUAUGAACACGCGCAAAAGGAAACACAAGUACUUGUGUUUUCUCAAGCAGCGCUAUCCAGAACAAGAAAAGCCUCAUGUUCUGUUUCCAUCACCAGUCCUUACAAGAUGGGGUUCAUGGUUUGAGUCGGUGGGUUAUGUUAACACAUACCUUGACGACUUGGUAACAUACCUGAAGUCACUGGAGCUCGAGUCGUCAGAAGCUCUGAUGUAUUUUCAAACCUUGUCAGUGGAAGAGAUUGUAAUCAUUCAAUGUCAGGCUGAAUUUCUCGUCGAACAUGGGUGUGCUUUGGUUGAGCUGACAAAGCAGCUGGAGGGUUCAAGCUACCCCAUGUCCCACUUGAUCAGUGGAAAACUCUCAGACUUGUUGAAAAGUUUGCAGCUGGUGAAUGAUUUUAAUUUUGGCUCAAAAACAAAUGAGAGUCUAAAGUUGUUGGCAGCUGUUAAACAAGGUUUGGUUAAAUCCCAGUUCCAGUCCUGUGGGUUGAGGUGUCACACAAAGUUGAUGAAGUUGAUUAAUGAAGAUCCUUCCAAAAAUAUCUUCCAAAACUUGGGGCAACUGUUUAAUCCACGGGAAAUAAUGUUGAAUGAUGUUUGCAAUGAUAUGGUCAGGGCAGGAAAAUCAUUGCCAUUUGUUUCAACUGUUUCAGGAAAAGAAUUUUUGGAAGGAUACUCAGCCUUAAAGGAAAUAGUAGUUGAGAAAGUGAAAAAGAGUGAAGGAAGUGUGGAUAUCAUUUCAAUUCUGUUGGCCUUGAAACUGGACCAUUCAGCUUUUGCAUGCAAUGCUCUGAAAGCCAUUUGGAUACCAGUAUCAAAUGUUGACUCUGAAAGGACAUUUUCAGCAUAUUCCGAUGUGUUUUCAGACAAAAGGCGAAGUUUGAAACCUCAAAACGUUGAGCUUAUGGUCUCAUUGUACUUUGGAAGUAAAACAUAACAUGUUGGAGAAACUCGGACUAAGUUAUACUUACAGUGCUGAAUUGUUAUUAGCAUAAAUUUUGCUUCUUGUCUUACAUAUUGAAUAAUUUUUGUAAUUUUUAACUAUUGAAACUGUUGAUUUGUAAUUUGUAUUGUUUUGUGGAAAGCUGGAAAAAAAUGUAGGCCUGUCCGAUUAUAUUUGCAUUCUAUAUGACAUAAUUUUUGUAAGUACAGCGUGUAUUUUUUUUUAAUUCACACUUCCGAAGUGCAGUUUUUAUGACGAAAUAUAAAAAUUUUUAUGACGAAAUCAAGAAAUUUUUAUGGCGAAAUCUGCUUAUUUUAUUUACCGUUAAAGUAGGGCUCUAUCUAUAAGCCAUUAGGAACAACUGGAUGUGUUGAUCCCAAUCCUGUUGAUGCUCGGCCACAACUUUGGCGAGGUGUUCCUCCAGAGAUCUGUUGAACCUCUCCACCAUGCCAUCGGACUGAGGAUGUAGGGCUGUAGUCUUGGUUUUAUUUAUUCCUAGUAACCGACGUACCUCCUGAAAUAUUUUUGACUCAAAAUUGGGGACUUGUGAUGAGUGGAGCUCCAUUGGUACCCCAAAUCUGCAAAUGAAGUUGUUGGUUAUUGCUAGAGUCCCGUAAAAAUGGUUUUAUUUUUCCUUAAAUUUCGUUUUGAAAAAAUCAAAUUUCGGUUUUAUUUCGCUGUUUUGGUUUUUCAUGUUUACUUUAACUUUUGAGAAUGGUUUUAUGACCUACAAGUUUUGCUUGGCUAAAUAAUAGUGGCACGGCGUAUACUCGUAUACUGCACUCUAAAGUCAACACUAUUGGCAAAUAAAAAUUGUAGGCUUGAAACAGCUCGGCACGGCCCGGUGCCGCCUAGCGCGCUGCCUCGGCACGGCCCGGUGUCGCCUAGCGCGCUGCCUCGGCACGGCCCGGUGUCGCCUAGCGCGCUGCCUCGGCAGGGCAUGUCUCAACUUAGUAUUCUUUUAAUAUUUCUUGCUGCUGUUCUUUGUCCCGUUGACGCCGUAUUCACUUGCUCUGCGGUCGUAUUGCAUUUGCUGAGAAGUGUAGUUACGGCAGUUAAAGGUCACUGAUUUUGCUUAUCAAUCGGCGUAGUGCCAUGUGUUCAUGUUUACGAGUAGUAGAGGUGUAAAAGUAACGAAAAAAAGUGUACCCGUAUGUAUUCGUUACUAUAACAAUUAGUACUCGUUACUAUCGUGUCGCUACGUUACUCGUUACUUCUGAUACCGCAUAACAUGCAAUGUUAUGUUGCAGCAACGAAUCGAGUCGUAUUGCGUACGCGUACAGUAUGACGUCACGUAAAUAAUAAUAAAUAGAAUAUAAACAAUUAACAAUAUUUGAUAAUUAACAGUUUUUGUUAACCAAGAAACAAUUAAAUCUCAUUAGAGCGGUUUUAUUAUAUUAUCUCUUUUAAGAUAAAAACAACAAAAAACGCGAAAAUACGCGAUAAUAAAUAACAAAAACAUACAUAUUUCUAAUUUGUAAAAAAUACUUUCUUAUAAACAGUAAAAAACUUGGACGACAAAUUUCCAUAUUAUACUUAAUAAACAAACAUCGUUCUUUGUAACGUAAAUUCAUCGAAUAUGCGCGCGCAUGCGUAAAACAUACGAAAAAUGUGAGUAACGAAAUCCAGCCGUGUGUAACGUUUCGUUACUCGAUACUAGAUGGCGCACCCGUUACUCAGUCAGUACCGAAUACAUACGGUUUGCUACACCUACAGCUCUAACGAGUAGGUUGCCAAGCCAGUCAAACGUAGUUGAAAGCAUGAGGUUGUUAACUGUUCAACAUGAAAGGAAGAAUUAAAAUUUUAUAUUUCUCUACAAGAUUAAUGUGUAAAUACAGCGGGUUGAAAAUCAUGGCAGCUAUAUUGUGUUGAAAACAUCGCCGGUAUUUUUUAUUAACUUUGUGUUGAUGCUCAGGUACAUUUUUCUCUUUUUAAUUAGUUUAUGAUUGCAAUUACUGCUUUCGUUUCAAAUUGUAAUGAUUACGUGACGGGAAUACUGUAAAUCAUUAUUUACUUUCAUUUCUACAAAGCGGCCAUGUUGAAACUUAGAAAAAUGGCGAUGUGCCGUCAACGUCGUGUUUACUUGUUUUUCGCGAUGUCUUGCAUGGGUGGUCUAAUUCAUUAUUAUCAGUUUUAUUUCUCGAUGCUGUGCGAUUUCGGUGUUUUGUCGCGAAUUAAGGUAAAUUGCGGUGUUAUUUCGCGAUAUCGCGAUUCGCGAAAUUUCCGUGUCUCUAGUUAUUGCAUCUGCAACAGUGGAGGCUUUUUGAUUAGGGAGUGCAUAAGCCUCUGGCAACUUGCUGAAGUAAUCCAUUGCUACCAGAAUAUACCGGUUACCAUCUUUAGUCUUGGGAAAUGGUCCAGCAAUGUUGAUGGCUAUACUCUGAAAGGGGGCCCCUACAUUGUAUGCCCUCAUUUUCCCAAUGUUGUGGCCCCUUUUUAGCCGAGCAUGCUUCGCAUUGUCUACACCAAGCCUCCACAUCCUAGCGACACCUCAACCAAUAGAAGCGUUGACGGGUCUUGGCUAGAGUUUUGUUUA